UGUAACGGAGGAUUGCGUUUUUUACAAACGAAAGAAUAUGGGUCAGAAACAAUUGAAACGGAAUUUCGGCUUCUGGAUACCCAUUAAAAAAAACAAAGUACACGUCGUGUCAAAGUUUCAGCCUGUCAGAAAACAGGCAACGUUUCAGAGGUCCCUACGAAUAACACUGAUAAUAGGGCAACUGUUCUCACUGAUGCCUGUGACUGGUAUCUUCAGCAAUGACACCUCAAAUGUAAGAUUUGUCUACACGUCAUGGAGGUGUUUGUACGCUUUUCUGACGCUAUUUGGACAAUUCUUCAUGACGGUGAUGUGCAUCCAUAAAGUAGCUCAUACAACUACUACACUCAAUGGGAAUGCUCCAGUAAUAUUCUACGGGACCACCUGCAUCACAAUGAUAAUGUUCUUCCACGUGGCCAUAUCCUGGCCUGGUCUGGUCAAACACAUCGCUAAGAACGAGGAUAUAGAUCCGAACUUCGACCCGGUGUUAACAAAGAAGUGUAACAUCACUUGUACUGUAGUACUAAUGUUGGCUUUACUGGAACACAUCUUAUCGUUGCUAUCAGCGUUUGCUGGAGCCAUGGUGUGUCACCCAAACAAAGCAUUUUAUGAGGGUUUCGUGACGCAUUCCUACCCGUGGGUGUUCAACGUAUUGCCUUACUCUCCUCCUUUUGGAGCUAUUACUCAGUUCCUUCACUUCCAGGCUACUUUUAUUUGGAACUUCUCCGACCUAUUUGUUAUAUGCAUGAGCUACUACCUCACCUCGCGACUCCAGCAUAUCAAUGGGAAGCUCCUGGCUGCACAAGGAAAGUAUUUGCCCGAAGUGUUCUGGAAGACGACUCGCGAAGACUACUGCCGCGCCACACAGCUGGUCCGCCGAGUCGACGAAGUUAUCAGUGGAAUCGUGUUCAUAUCUUUCGCUAACAACCUAUUCUUCAUCUGCCUGCAACUGUUUAACACUUUGGAGGACGGAAUUAAAGGCACUGGAGAAUGUAGCAGUCGAUCGAAGGCGACAUCAGUAAAACUUCUGGGAGGCUAUGAAGCGGCUACGUAUUUUCUAUUCUCUUUGGUGUAUCUCAUCUCAAGAUCGAUAGCUGUUUCAUUGAUAGCCUCUCAAGUCAAUGCGGCGUCUAUGGUGCCGGCGCCAGUGUUGUAUGAGGUGCCAUCACCAGUGUACUGUGUUGAGGUAAUGGAACACAUCUUAUCGUUGCUAUCAGCGUUUGCUGGAGCCAUGGUGUGUCACCCAAACAAAGCAUUUUAUGAGGGUUUCGUGACGCAUUCCUACCCGUGGGUGUUCAACGUACUGCGUUACUCUCCUUAUUUUGGAGCUGUUACUCAGUUCCUUCACUUCCAGGCUACUUUUAUAUGGAACUUCUCCGACCUAUUUGUUAUAUGCAUGAGCUACUACCUCACCUCGCGACUCCAGCAUAUCAAUGGGAAGCUCCUGGCUGCACAAGGAAAGUAUUUACCCGAAGUGUUCUGGAAGACGACUCGCGAAGACUACUGCCGCGCCACACAGCUGGUCCGCCGAGUCGACGAAGUUAUCAGUGGAAUCGUGUUCAUAUCUUUCGCUAACAACCUAUUCUUCAUCUGCCUGCAACUGUUUAACACUUUGGAGGACGGAAUUAAAGGCACUGGAGAAUGUAGCAGUCGAUCGAAGGCGACAUCAGUAAAACUUCUGGGAGGCUAUGAAGCGGCUACGUAUUUUCUAUUCUCUUUGGUGUAUCUCAUCUCAAGAUCGAUAGCCGUUUCAUUGAUAGCCUCUCAAGUCAAUGCGGCGUCUAUGGUGCCGGCGCCAGUGUUGUAUGAGGUGCCAUCACCAGUGUACUGUGUUGAGGUCCAAAGAUUCUUGGACCAAGUCAAUGGCGAUAACGUUGCAUUGAGUGGUCUUCAGUUCUUCAGCGUCACAAGAGGACUUCUCUUAUCAGUAGCUGGCACAAUAGUGACGUACGAGCUAGUGAUGGUUCAGUUUACAACGCCAUCGCCGCCGGCGGUCAGCAAUUCGACAUCAGGCGUUCUAGCCAACCUGACAUCAACUGCGAUGCCUACGAUCGCUACAGGAUAA